AUGGUGCAUCACUGUGCCAUAGCCAGUAAGACCCAAGAAACGGCCUACAAGAUCCUUUCUUGGUGGUAUGUGACACCAGACCACCUCCAGAAGAUGAACCCUGAACUAGAUGGCAAAUACUGGAGGUGCCAUGGGUCACCGGGCUCCUUCCUCCACAUAUGGUGGGAGUGCCCAAUCAUAACAAGGUUCUGGAGUCGUGUUGCCUCAAUAGUUAGUCAAUUCACUGACAAACCACUGCCCUAUCAUCCUGCCACACCUUCUACACCACACAACCACACCCACAUCUCAAUACAAACGAUCUUUGACUAUACACAUUCUCUCAGUAGCCAAAAAUCUCACACCUCUGCAUUGGAAAAUGGACAUAAUGACACCAAUGUCAAUUUGGUUCGCAAGGAUGGAGGAACUGAGGACAUUGGAGGACUUGUGGUUCACCGCGCAGUACAGGACACAGACAUAUACAGACAUCUGGACACCAUGGCUCACCACAGCCCUGACCCCCGAAUUUCACGACCAACACAUCAAGGAACCUGCCGCAAUGUAAGAUUAGCACAAAGCAACUGGUUUGCUGGCCAGCAUAGACCCAUGAACCUAGGGGGCAAGGAGCCUUGGCACACCAGAAGCGGGAAACUGGGCACAGCCUCUCCCCAUCCUCCCCCCCUUUUUUUUCCACUCUCCCCUCCUCCCCUACAUCACAUCACCAUGCCACCUCCUCGGUCUUUCCUGAUCUCAACCCACCCCAGAUCAAUCCAGUUUCGGAACUGGUUGGCAUGCACAAUAGAUCCUACACGACUGAAGCCGAUCCACAAAACCCAUAAGCGCGGAGGUAGAGGGCAUAACCCAGACCACGCAUAUCAUGAGUAG